GAAAUGGAGAAAAGAAUUAUUGAUUAUAUGUUAGUGCCAUUGGGACUACUGGCUAUGGUGGUUUACCAUUGUUGGCUUCUCUACAGAGUUAGAAACCACCCGAACACCACCGUCAUUGGUGUUAAUGCCAUCUACCGACGGUUUUGGAUCCGCGCUAUGAUGGAGGAUGUGAAAAAAAAUGGAAUGGUUUCGGUUGAGACAUUGAGAAACAAUAUGAUGGCUUCGACGCUUCUGGCGUCGAUGGCUAUUAUGUUGAGUUCUUUAAUCGCGGUGUUAAUGGCUGAUGGUGGCCGAAACAAAACCGAGUUGUUUGUUUUCGGAAAUAAAAGUGAGGCCAGCUUAUCUGUCAAGUACUUUUCCAUAUUGGCUUGCUUCUUAGCUUCCUUCUUGUUCAAUGUCCAAUCUAUAAGGUACUUUAACCAAGCAAGUAUUCUAAUUAAUGUACCAUACAAGAAGAAAUCACAAGAUGAUCAACACCAACAAUUGACAAUUGAUUUUGUAGAGAGAAAUGUUCAUAGAGGAAGUUUUUUUUGGUCUCUAGGGUUACGUACUUUCUACUUCUCUUUCACUCUUUUCUUAUGGAUAUUUGGUCCUCUUCCCAUGUUUGUUUCUAGUUUGAUUUUGGUUCUGAUGCUCUAUUUCUUGGAUGUUACCUUCGAAUCUGCUCGAGUUGUUGAUGUUUCCGACGACAACAAUAAUUACGCGAAACGUGAGGAACUAGGAAUGAUUGGGAUGAGACCAAUUUAAAUGUUAUUUUUUUUUGUUAGGUUAACCUAUAAUAUGAAACUCUAUAUUGUGUAACAUUCCAAGUUAAAUGUAGUAACAU